GCCGGCACGGCGGCGGCCACCGCCUGGAGACGGUGAUCAACAUGGCGCCGCCGCCGCCGGAGAAGCCAGCCGGCGUGGGGCGGUUCGGCUUCACGGGCGGGCUGGAGUUCACCAGCCUCACGUACACGGUCGUCAAGAAGCAGCGCGGCGCCGGCGGGGAGUGGGAGAAGAAGGACGUGGACCUGCUGCACGAGAUCACCGGGUACGCCCCCAAGGGUUGCGUCACGGCCGUCAUGGGCCCCAGCGGCGCCGGCAAGUCCACGUUCCUGGACGCGCUCGCCGGGCGCAUCGCCAGCCUCGACGGCCGCGUGGCGCUCGACGGCGUCGAGAUGAGCCCCAGCCUCAUCAAGCGCUCCUCGGCCUACGUCAUGCAGGACGACCGCCUGUUCCCCAUGCUCACCGUCUACGAGACGCUCAUGUUCGCCGCCGACUUCCGCCUCGGCUCCUCCGUCUCCGCCUCCGACAAGAAGCUCCGCGUCGAGAACCUCAUCGAGCAGCUCGGCCUCACGUCCUCCAGGAACACGUACAUCGGAGACGAGGGCACGAGGGGUGUGUCCGGCGGCGAGCGGCGGCGCGUGUCGAUCGGCGUGGACAUCAUCCACGGGCCGGCGCUGCUGUUCCUGGACGAGCCGACGUCGGGGCUGGACUCGACGAGCGCGCACAGCGUGAUCGAGAAGGUGCACGACAUCGCGUGCGCCGGGAGCACCGUGGUGCUCACCAUCCACCAGCCGUCCUCGCGCAUCCUGCUGCUGCUGGACCACCUCAUCAUCCUGGCGCGCGGGCAGCUCAUGUACAGCGGUGGGCCCAAGGAGGUGACCGCGCACCUCGGCCGCAUGGGGCGCAAGGUGCCCAAGGGGGAGAACUCCAUCGAGAACCUCCUCGACGUCAUCCAGGAGUACGAGCAGUCGGAGUUCGGCGUCAAGGCGCUGGCCGAGUUCUGCCUCACCGGCCUCAAGCCGCCCAAGCUCACCGCCACCUACGGGCCCGAGGGGCUGUCCACCGUGUCCAGCAUCGUCCAGACGCCGAUCUCGGGCCCCGGCGGCGGCGACGACGACGACUUCGAUCGCAGCCUGAGGAGCCAGCACUCCAAGUCUCCGUGGAGCGGCGUGCGCCUCACGCCGUCCCGGCGCCCCAAGCACAAGGGGCCCGGGGCGCCCCACGACAACCACAGGUACACGCCGGAGAUCGUGAUGGGAACGCCGACGCCGAUGAGCAGCGCGUACACGGUGAACGAGGACGACUACCUGACGCCGACGCACCGGGCGGCGGGCCCGAACGCGACGGGCGCCCCCGGCAUGGGCGUCAACGCGCUGGGCCACCGGGGCAAGUUCGCCAACUCGUACGUCGUGGAGGUGUGGGUGCUGAUGCGGCGCAACUUCACCAACAUCUGGCGCACGCCGGAGCUGUUCCUGUCGAGGCUGAUGGUGCUCACGGUGAUGGGGUUCCUGAUGGCCACCAUGUUCACCAAGCCCAAGGACAACACGCAGGGGAUCACCAACCGCCUCAGCUUCUUCAUCUUCACCGUCUGCGUCUUCUUCUUCUCCUCCAACGACGCCGUGCCGGCCUUCAUCCAGGAGCGCUUCAUCUUCAUCAGGGAGACCUCGCACAACGCCUACCGCGCCUCCGCCUACGUCGUCGCCGGGAUCAUCACCUACCUCCCCUUCCUCCUGCUCCAGUCGGCCACCUACGCCGCCAUCGUCUGGUUCGCGCUCAGGCUCCACGGCCAGUUCCUCUACUUCCUCGUCAUGCUCUACGCGGCCCUGCUGUCCACCAACUCCUUCGUCGUCUUCAUCAGCUCCGUCGUGCCAAACUUCAUCCUGGGGUACGCGGCGGUGAUCGCGUUCACGGCGCUCUUCUUCCUCUUCUGCGGCUACUUCCUGGACAGCCACAGCAUCCCGGUGGCGUGGAAGUGGAUGAACACCAUCUCGACGAUGAAGUACCCGUACGAGGGCCUGCUGAUGAACGAGUUCAACGGGGGCCAUGUCUUCGCGUCGGAGCGCGCCAUCGGGCUGACCCUGACGGGCAACGACAUCCUCAAGCAGCUGGGGAUCAGCACGGAGGAGGACCGAAAGUGGUGGAUGGUGCUCUACCUCCUCGGCUGGGCCGUCUUCUACCGCGUCCUCUUCUACCUCGUCCUACGCUUCGCCUCUAAGAACAAGAGGAAGUAGUAGCCACAGCUUGUCAUUUAAUUAAUUAGAAUUGUUUCAGCCUCGAUUGGUACGUAUGUAGGCUUGGAUUUUAUGAGGAGGAGGAGGAGGAGGAGGAGGAGAACGAGGUAAGUUUUCUUUGAAGCGACAAGGCGCCGGCCGGAAAAGCCGGAUUGUUGAGUGGGAUUAUGUCAUGAUUGAAGAUUGAUUCCUAAUGUAAUUUUCUGAUGAGAGCGAAGUUCAGUACG